AUGCCGAUGGUCGUUGCGAAGAGAAAUGCAAGGGAGAGGACACGUGUGCAUACUGUAAAUCAGGCGUUUCUCGUCCUGAAACAACAUCUUCCCAGUCUCCGCCAAUUCACAAAACGUGUCAGCAAACUUCGAAUUCUCAACGCAGCCAUCACCUACAUCGAGACACUUCUGAAACUGAUUCAAAGCUCUGAAUCAGUUCCUCCGUCUGUUAUAUCUGCAACUCUCGGUCCAAUCGUCCCGACUCCAGUCAGGGCUUCUCAGAAACUUCCGAAGCAGCAUCUAUCAGAAUCUCACCCCAUCCAACCAAUUCAUUCUCGUCCAUUACAACCAGUUCUUCCACGCCAACAGGGAAUAAUAGCUGCUCCGAUAGCCACGUGUGCCCCCGAUCAUUCCCUUGUUGAUUAUAGAUCAACAUUCUCUUCAAAUUCCUCUUUCCAACCAGUUCAUCCAGUUCAAAUGCCAUCUGUAUUCUCACCCCAACCUACAUUUCCGUAUAUGAAGAGUCUUUUGGACUAUCCAACAUAUUUCUAUCAGCCAUCCACUGCUCCUCCUCCACCACCUCCUCAAUCUCAAUCUUCUCAGUCUCAUUUAAUUGUCAACAAUUCUCUUGUUCCAAUGCCAUCUUACCAAUGUUUUUAG